AUGAAUUUUGUGUUAUAUGUUGUGGCUAAAUUCAUUUCCAACCAAAAACAUAAGUUUCCUUCAGGAAAGGCAUUCUUCCAUAUCUUGCUUCAUGGAUUCUUCACAAGGUACCAAAGUAGCUACCCUCUAGUUCACUACACCAAAUGUUUAGAGGAUGAAGAAGGAAACAACCAAGAAACUAGAGAUGCUAAACACCUCUUGGUGACCGAUUUUGGCAAAGGUGGAGGACAUGAUUUCUCUUUCUUCUCAAUACCACAACCUAAUUUCUUAGGUGGCUCAAAUCCUAGCUUGAGAAUAGCGUAA